CCUCUCUUAUCCUGCAUUUCUCGCCAACUCCCUGCCUGUCUUUCCCUUCUUUCUCUUCUCUCCUCCAGCAUGUCCCAGUCGACUUCUCAGAAUGCCUCCACCACCGCCCAAGAGCCCGGACAGCCCGCCUCCAAUCCCUCCAGCGCCACCGAACUCGCCAGUCUUAAGAUAAGACUCCGCCAAGGUCUGCGUCAGUUCCCAGACUUCCCCUCGCCAGGCAUUCUGUUCGAGGACAUCCUCCCCAUAUUCGCCGACCCUUCCCUGCACGAGGCUCUUAUUCGGUCACUUGAACUGCACGUCUCGGAAGCCUAUCACCAGAAACCGGACGUCAUCGUCGGCCUCGAUGCCCGUGGUUUCCUCUUCGGCCCCAGCCUGGCUUUGAGGCUAGGCGCCAGCUUCGUUCCUGUUCGUAAGCAGGGGAAGCUGCCCGGCCCUUGCGAAACCGAGGCCUAUCAGAAGGAGUAUGGACAGGACUUUUUCCAGAUGCAGGCAGAUGCCGUGAAGAAGGGCCAAAAAGUGUUGGUGGUGGACGACAUUAUCGCAACAGGAGGCUCGGCCGCUGCUGCUGGAAAUCUUGUCAGGAAACUGGGCGGAGACCUUCUGGGCUUUGUCUUUAUCCUUGAACUCGAUUUCCUCAAGGGCAGAGACAAGCUGCCAGCGCCUGUCUUCACUCUUCUACACGGCCAGGAGGAGAAAAUCUAGGUUCAUGACUGUCUUCCUUUUUACGUCUCUUUGCGCUUCUUGGUUUCGGCACUCGAUGGAUAUUAGCAAUAGCAACCGAUCGCCAUUCUGUUUUGUUGACAGUUUUUCCAUAAUACCGGCGCGGACUCGAUCCGAGGCGAUUUAGUGAAUAUAAAUAGUCUCAUACCAUCCCCCCACCCAGAUAACGACAUCACGCCCUACUCUGGAAUGGUCUGAGCAAUUCGACCGGAUGGCGAGAACCAGGCUUGGUUCUGGGCCGUGGCUCAUCUCUCAUCUCUACUUAAUACUAAACUCAGGAUUAUCUUGGUUUACAUCUCAGCGGUUUUGGCUGAGGGACGCUUCAGCUCUAAUACGAUAGACACUUGGCAUUUGUUGCUGCAGAAUCGAUUGAUUGUAUAUAGGUUGCCUGGACAAAAGUGCUUUAUAUCAUACCAUAAUACCUAAAUACCCCA